AUGACUUCCUGGUUUGAACGUCAAGCUUCCUCUCACCAUGCACAGCUUGCCGCCGCGGUCGUCCUCUCCGGCGUGACUGUCGCGGCACUCAUCUAUGGAACACAAGCAAUUCGACGCAAGGAGGCUGUGCAAGAGUUGAAAGCAUCGAUUCCAGAGCUGGAUGAAACUCACCAUGCAGACAUGCUCACAGAUUUUGGUGCUGCCUCGCCACCACCGAAGGCCAGCAGAGAGGACGAAAGAGUAUCUGCUCUCGCUCGUCGUGCCCAGCAAGGUGAUUAUGACAAAGAUUUGAUCACUGAGCAACUCACACGUACUACUUCUUUUCUUGGCUCCGAUCGCUUUGCUCUGCUCCGCGACUCCUUUGUGAUUGUCGUCGGCCUUGGCGGUGUUGGCUCACAUUGCACCUCAGCUCUCGCCCGCUCCGGUGUCUCAAAGAUCCGCCUCAUUGACUUCGACCAAGUCACUCUCUCAUCUCUCAACAGACAUGCUGUUGCCACCCUUGCCGACGUUGGUACACCGAAAGUGGAAUGCGUACCGAAACGAUUACAGGCAAUAGUACCAUGGGUGCAGUGGGAGCCUUUUAAUGAAGUCUGGAAACAAGAGCAGGCGGAGAGGUUAUUUGGACCGUGGUGUACGGGCAAGGGUCGAAAUCCAGAUUACGUAGUCGAUGCGAUCGACAACAUUGACAGCAAAGUCGCCUUGCUGGAGUAUUGUCACAAGCAUGGUGUCAGAGUCGUCAGCUCCAUGGGCGCAGGAUGUAAGAGCGAUCCCACGAGAGUGUUCGUAGGAGACAUCAGCGCGAGUGUGGAGGAUCCAUUAUCAAGAGUUACAAGACGGAGACUACGAGCUGUAGGCAUUAGCGAAGGGAUUCCAGUGGUAUACUCCACAGAGAAACCCGGCCCAGGGAAAGCGCAAUUAUUGCCGCUACCAGAAGAAGAGUUCCUGAAGGGCCAAACGAACGAGCUGAGCGUGUUACCGGACUUCCGAGCCAGGAUUUUACCGGUCUUAGGCACGAUGCCUGCAGUUUUUGGAUACACCAUGGCAAAUUUUGCCGUUUUGGAACUUACUGGAUACCCUCAUGAAAGCGGAGCGGGCAAGGGAAGAGAGAAGAUGUACGCCAACAUUUUGGCAAAUCUACAAGGUCUGGAGGAGCGGUUAGCAAGAUACGAGGGAGCAGACUCUUUAGGCCUCAAGAUCCCCGUGACAAAGGACGACGUGGGAUACCUGGUCGAAGAGGUUUAUCGAGGAAAGAGCGUGGUGAGUAAUUUGCCGACGAGAUUGGCGUUGGUGAGGUGGAAAGUGCCCGAGGGUGGAUUCCAGAUCGAGGAGAACCGAGAAGGGCGGAAAAGCGUAAGGCUAAGUCUGAACGAGUUGGUGUGCAUGACUAAAGACGAGGCGGCGGCACAUGAGAAGGACGUACUAAAGGGAGGCCGGGGACCAGAUGAAAUCUACAGCAUCAACGUGUUGCAACUCGUGGAAAGACGGAAAAGGGAAGAGAGGCAUUACGAUCAGUAUAGGUAA